AUGGCACUCUUUUCUCAAACUGGUCAACAGAGUUUUCAGGCUUUGCUAUGGAAAUGUCGUAUGUUCUGGCCUGUUUCAAGAUGCCUACAACUGUUUGCUGUCUCUUUCAGCAUCCCCGAUAGGCAAAAGGUUAGCUAUUUCCGUUUUAUGACAUCUUCCAGCACUGCAUUACCAGUGGAUCCCAAAGGAACUGAUGUCUUUCCUACUAAGAAAAGGUCUGAAAUUGAUUAUGAAGAAGAAAAAGGACAGGAUGAGGAGACUAAAGAAAUGUCUGAAGGGAAACUCCACUUUUCUUCCUCUGUCGAAGCUCCAAAGAAACAGUUAAUAAGUCGAGUUUUGUCAAGGCAUAAGUUUACUAAUGUACAGCCUCCAGAAAAACCUUUGCAGGCUGAGGAGUGGAACAGACUGAGGGAAAGCUUUCGGUCACCUGACGUAUUUGAAGAAGUGAUGUUUAAUAGUAUGCUCAGGUGCAACAGCUCCAUUGAUGUGGCUAAGUCCUUGCUGACCCAUGUGGCAAAGAGUAAUGGUGACAUUGCAUAUAAUUUGUUGGUCAAAUAUCUGGCAUUGUGUGUCCAGCAGGGGCAGACUUCAGAAAUUUGUGAUGUGUAUGAUAUAAUGAAAACCAGGUUUAAGGUUUUAGAAAGUGGGGCUUACAACCUUGUUAUCAGGGGGCUGAGUAAUUCAGAUCAAUGGAGAAUGGCCUUGACUCUUUUGGAAGAAGUGAAAAAGAUUAUGAUUCCCUCACGGACAAACUAUGAAUCCUGUAUCAAAGCAGCCAGCCGUCACGAAGAAAUGAACCUUGCAUUUGAACUUUACCAUGAAAUGUUGGCUAAGGGUUUGGUCCCAACCUUGGAUGUCCUGCAGGCCUUUUUUGACUUCACUAGGGGAAUGAAAGGUGCUGAGUUACAAAAAGAGCUGUUUGGUAUCCUCUUAUAUUUGAGAGAGAACCAAAUACACCCUCACAAAACAUUUACACGGAGUAUAAAGCUAUGGUUUGAAAGCAUACCAGGAGGGAACUGGAGAGGACAUCUGACCAACAUUAAAGACAGUGGACAGUGCCCGGUUUGCAACCAUCAGUUGGAGGAUAGUGACCUCACGGAAGAGGAAUAUAAUUAUCUCAGAGAAAGAAUAAUAAGGGAUGUGAUACAUGGAACUGACACUUUUAGAAAGACAAGCCCACAG